GUGGCCGUGUUUGAUUACCAUAAUGUCCGCAGCAUCCCUCAUAUGUACAGUCUGCACAGCUGGGUCGGACUGACGGUCGUCAUACUCUACGUUCAACAGAUCUCUUACCCCAAGGAGGCAAUGAACCUCAGAGUUCCCAGGCUAGGAACUCGGAUGUGUGAUUUAUCGUUUUCACACCUGUAGUAGAGGGAAGCUGCCGUCUCCUCACAUCUAACCAGCAUUGCCCAGACUUCAAUCCCGUGUUCUGAAUCAGCUAGCCUAGAACAUAACUUGGGUAUGAAGACAGCAGCAGCAGCAUCUCCAGGGAAAUGAGAAACAUGGGUUCUCAGCUUCCAUCCAGAUCAACUCAAUUAGAAACCAUAGGAUUGGGGAACAAAAUCUGCUAUACAACGACUCUACCAGGCCAUUUGGGUGUAUGCUCAGGUUUGAGAACAAUCAACAAAAAAAAGCUGUAACACACAAGCUUAUCCUAGGUUUUUUCAUCUUUCUGCUGCCAUGGGCUCCUCUUUCUCUCCGGGCGGUCAUCAUGCCCAUACAUGUGUAUUCUGGACUCCUCCUCUUUGCGACUGUGAUUGCGACGGUCCUUAUGGGAGUGACGGAGAAGCUGUUUUUUGUCCUGAAAAACCCUUCUUACCAUUCAUUCCCGCCAGAGGGUGUUUUUACAAAUGCCCUGGGCCUUCUGAUUCUGAUAUUUGGGGCUCUCAUCUUCUGGAUUGUUACCAGACCACAAUGGAAACGUCCCACAGAACCAGGGUCUACCCUUCUUCAGCCAAAUGGAGGCGCAGAUGGAAUGGAAGGCGCCAUAGCAAUAAGCUCCGGUCCCAGCCCAGAUGCAGCAGAUACAGAAUUAAGCAGCGAGGGAACAGCCAGAAAAAGAACUCUCGGCCUUGAUGAUGCUGGCCAGAGAUCCACCAUGUGAAAUGUAGAUGCAGCCACGUAAAUUCUCUUCCAAAGUCAGCCGUACAGUUCAGCUUCUCCUGCCUAGUCAUAGGUGACUUGGGUUCAUAGUGUCGAGGUAUACUGUGGUCACCAGGGAGGAUUUCCUGAGACCGAUUGUAUCGUAAGGCCUGUGAACUUACCAAAUGUAAAAGGACAUGAUCAAUAUGA